CCCUGGUGGUCCAUGUGCGGUAUCGUGUGUUUAUGAGUAAGUGGGAACAGGGAGCACCAAUUCUAUUUGCGGUGGGCUGCCACAGAAUAAAUGAAAACAGGGAACAUGGAAAUUUGAAACAACUCAUAUGUUCGAUGUCGGGAUGUCCCAAUCGACAUUUUAUUGAUAGUCUCGCUAAUUAAGCAAGACUAGUACCGCUCUUUUUUUUUCUUUUUUUUUUUUAAAGCUUUUGUAACAAACACGUGGAAUGGAAUACGGUUAUGAAAAUAGCUAUUGAAGGCAUUAAAAAUAAUAAUAAACUGUACUAUUUUAUUACACCGCAUGACCAAUAAUAUUGUUUGGCUUUAUAACAAACCUGAGAGUCAGGUUCCUCAUCCAAUAAAAGAUCAAAUUGGGGAAAAAAUAAGACUAAUCAUUUGACAUGGUUCUAGAUCAGGGGGGAGCAAGGUGGAAUCUUAGUUUUUAUAAAUAAAGGAUGCGUGAUAUACAAUAUGAACGGUAAAAUACUGACUAUUGAAGAGUAUGUGAGCGAAGCAGAACGUUAUUGGUAUCUGGAAAGAAAAGAGAUUUCUAAUGUCUACAAUAUUUGGAGUGUAAAUGUCACUGUAGGGGUGUUAUUUUAUGUGUAGAGGGCUUUAAUCAUGUUAAAGUGUGCAUACGUAUAUUUACAUACAGGUUUUCUAUGCUCUAACUACCAAAAUAUUCAUGUUUUUUUUUAUUUCUACGUAACUGCCAUGUGUGUGGCGGCAUGGCGGUCGAGUGUUUAGCGCGCAGACCUCACAGCUAGGAGACCAGAGUUCAAUUCCACCCUCGGCCAUCUCUGUGUGGAGUUUGCAUGUUCUCCCCGUGCAUGCGUGGGUUUUCUCCGGGUACUCCGGUUUCCUCCCACAUUCCAAAAACAUGCUUUCCCUUUACCUUAAUUCUUAAUGUAAUUAAAAAACUUUUUUUUUUUUUUUUAGCACAAAACCUCCUUGUUAGCAUCCUACUAGUUUCAACACAGUUUUUUUUGGUUAACGUCGAAAAUGUUGCUUCAGUUUGCGCACUUUUUCCAGUUAGUCUACAAUAUGAUGCGUUCUUAAUGUAAUUAAAAAAAGUUUUUUGUAAUUUUUUGCAUAAAACGUCCUUGUUAGCAUCCUACUAGUUUCAACACACUGUGUUUUUUUGGUUAACGUCGAAAAUGUUGCUUCAGUUUGCGCACUUUUUCCAGUUAGUCUACAAUAUGAUGCGUUCUUAAUGUAAUUAAAAAAUGUUUUUUUGUAAUUUUUAGCAUAUAACAUCCUUGUUAGCAUCCUGCUAGUUUCAACACACUGUGUUUUUUUGGUUAAUGUCGAAAAUGUUGCUUCAGUUUGCGCACUUUUUCCAGUUAGUCUACAAUAUGGUGCAUUCUUAACGUAAUUAAAAAGUUUUUUGUAAUUUUUAGCAUAAAACAUCCUUGUUAGCAUCCUACUAGUUUCAACACAGUUUUUUUUUGGUUAACGUCGAAAAUGUUGCUUCAGUUUGCACACUUUUUCCAGUUAGUCUACAAUAUGGUGCAUUCUUAACGUAAUUAAAAAAAUGUUUUUUGUAAUUUUUAGCAUAAAAUGUCCUUGUUAGCAUCCUGCUAGUUUCAACACACUGUGUUUUUUUGGGUUAACGUCGAAAAUGUUGCUUCAGUUUGCGCACUUUUUCCAGUUAGUCUACAAUAUGGUGCGUUCUUAAUGUAAUUAAAAAAAAUGUUUUUUGUAAUUUUUAGCCUAAAACGUCCUUGUUAGCAUCCUACUAGUUUCAACACGUUUUUUUUUGGUUAACGUCGAAAAUGUUGCUUCAGUUUGCGCACUUUUUCCAGUUAGUCUACAAUAUGGUGCGUUCUUAAUGUAAUUAAAAAAACGUUUUUUAUAAUUUUUAGCAUAAAACGUCCUUGUUAGCAUCCUACUCAUUUCAACACACUGUGUUUUUUUGGUUAACGUCGAAAAUGUUGCUUCAGUUUGCGCACUUUUUCCAGUUAGUCUACAAUAUGGUGCGUUCUUAAUGUAAUUAAAAAAAAGUUUUUUGUAAUUUUUAGCAUAAAACAUCCUUGUUAGCAUCCUGCUAGUUUCAACACACUGUGUUUUUUUUUGGUUAACGUCGAAAAUGUUGCUUCAGUUUGCGCACUUUUUCCAGUUAGUCUACAAUAUGGUGCAUUCUUAAUGUAAUUAAAAAAAGUUUUUUGUAAUUUUUAGCAUAAAACGUCCUUGUUAGCAUCCCAGCGGCUGACUGUAAAUCUUUGCUAAUUUACACAGUUACACAAUGCUUGUUUGUCUAUAUGUGCCCUGUGAUUGGCCGCGACCCUUGUGAGGAAAAAGCGGUAGAAGAUGAUUGAAUGAAUGACGUGUGUUAUGCAAGUUUCCCCCCCCAAAACCAAGUGCGGCUACCUUCUAUAUUUAUUACACAAUCUCUGUCCUCACACCCAAGAACGCCCCCCCCUUAACAAGGCUUGCAGUCAGAGCGUUAAUGCUAACUGGCUUUUUUAGAUCAGGAUUAGAAGGCCUCCAACAGGCAAAGACUGCAAGCCCGCUAAAAGCAGCCGAGGGAAGAAUGCUGACAUCAUGGAGUAGGAAAAAAAAAAAGCAUAUUUAUUAUUCAUCGGUAUAAAAUAUUUAGUCAUCUGAAAAAGGUUGUGCAACGCGAACGGACGGUCGGAAUCGCUUGAAAGUGCCUUGAAGGAGAGCAUGUGCAAAAUAGUAACUCCAGAAUGUUCUGUUUCAAGUACAUGGUUGCUUCCAAACCACAUGAAUGUCACUUAAUCCACUUCUUCAUCAGCAGCUGCCCCCCCCCCCCUUCCUGAUUGUUCUCACUCCGCAGGAUCCAGUGGCGCUACAGCGGGGGCUGAUGGUUGCAGGCACAAACAUGACAGUCCAAGAUGGCCGCCUGCCAGGACAGUCCAGAACGUUCUGAUGAUAAAGUAGGACCUCGUGUCUUGGAAAAGUGCGGCGUGUGCGUGGGGGAGUAUUGAAAAGAUUUCACACUCCCGAGUCGGACGGGGGAGGGGGAGGGGGGAGGCGGACGCGCUACUUUUUCUUGGCACAAACGGCAUCGCCUGGCAUGGUGCGGUUGUCACGGCGGCCUACACGUCCACGGGGUGGUGCAUGUGCGUGGCGUGCGAGCGGUGCCUGCGGGGGCAGCAGGCGUGAAGCAGCACCUUGCGAAUGUCUUUGUUCCUCAGGCUGUAGAGGAUCGGGUUGAGCAGGGAGCUCCCCGCGGCCGGCGCCAGCGUGGCGUAGGUGUAAAGCGGCGGGCUGGAGGCGUCGCCCAGGAGCCCCCACAGCGAGAACGGCAUCCAGCAGCCCACAAAGACGCUCAGCACCACCACCAGCCGGGAGAAGCCCCGCCCGCUGCCGUGCUUGCUUGCAUAUGACUGGUUGGAAGGCAGGAAGUGCCUUUGGGUGGCGAUGGCGUGGGCGUGGCGCCGGGCUACGCGGCAGAUUCCGGCGUAGAGCUGCAGAGUCACCAGGACCACCACCAGGAAGCCCCCGCACAGCAGCGACAGGUACGUCCGGGUGAGCGGUCGCGCCACCGAGCAGGAAUCGGGCUUGUCCAGACAGUGCCACCCCAUGGCCGGGCCCGCCCCCAUGAAGCACGCCCCCAGCCACACCAGCAGCAACAGGAGCGCGGCGCGGCGGCGGGACUGACCCGAGCCGUACGUAAGGGCGUGGCUUAAUGAGAGGUAGCGGUCCAACGCCACGCCCAUCAGACUACACAGCGAGGCGGUCAGCGACGUCACCAGCAGUCCCGACGUCACCAGCUCGGACCAGUCGCUGGGCUCCAGGCAGAACAGGAAGAGGAAGUGCAUGAUGAGAGCCACGCCCGCCAGCAGGUCGGCCAAGCCCAGGCUGGCCAGCAGCAGGAACACGGGAGCCCGUAGCGACGGCGUGGCCAGGAUGGUGGUCACCACCACGGCGUUCUCGGCGGCGAUGAGCGUCCCUGACACGCAUAGGGCCACGCCCCACGCCGUCAGCGGCGGGGCGUCCUGCCGAGGCGAGUUGCCCGGCUGCUCGGCUCCCGAGAAGGGGUCCGCCGCGCCCGAAGACUCGUCCCAGGGCAGGUCAGAGUUGUUUGCCGUCAUGGCUGCUCAGCGGUUACACACGCCUGGAAAAUAUAAACAUUUAUAUAUAAUACACCAUCUUAUCAUGUCAUUGGGAGUGACCAAGAUGGAUAGGAUCAGGAAUGAAUCCAUUAUAGAGACAUUACAUGUUAGAGGCCUUGGAGAUGGUUGGGUCCAGAGGAGAUAUAGUGAAUAUGUUGGUAGAAGGAUGCUGGCGUAGAUGAAGACCAAGGAGGUUUAUGGAUGUAGUGAAGAUUUAUGUAAAUAAUAAUAAGGAUCGUUUGGUUCUCUCGGGUGGGGGUCUGCACUUAGCAAACAAUAUUGAAAAUGAUAAAUAGAUACACCCCCCUUUUUCAAAACAUUGCUGAAGCAUUAUGGCAUAUUUUUGUCUCCUCGCUCCCCUCCUCCAUUUCCAGACUUUCAUAAAUAAAGCUGACACCUUAGCUCUUCAUCACCAAAGCAUUAAAAGAACAACAACCGGGGAGUGCCCCCCUCCCGCUAAUGUCCAGACAAGACGUUCGGCCCACGGAGGCCCACUGUGGACACCUCGUACCACGCACAGCUGCUGCAUUCCACCGAGCUCCGGCGCUUAUGCAAGCGCUCAAGCGCGCACUAUUUCGUGCAAAUCCUCAACGUCGUUUUGAAUGGGAGUAUUUUAAAGUCAGACAGCGACACGCGCGGGUUGUUGAUUUCAGACCGGGGGGGGGGGGUGCAUGUUGUAUAAUACUGUACACCUCCAUUGCAGCAUAUUACAUAAUUAAUAUAUUGAUGAAUAAUUACCUUUUAAAAAAUAUGCUUAAAUGUCUUUCUUUGGUUCCUCCUCUUAAAGAUCCAAAGGGGUGCAGCCUCCGGGGUUCGGUACCGGAUGAAACCAAAAAACGGGACGUUCCACGACGAGCGCUCGUCCUUCAUCCAGUCCUAACGUCCUGACGUCCUAUGGUUCGGCGUCCUCGCCGUCGUCGCUGCAGGUCCAAACUGGCGGAACCGAUGCUGGAGCGCGCCUUCCGAGACCACAAGAGGGCUUGUCUGACGUCACGGGCAGGGGCGAUCCACCAAUCAGGAGGCGAGGAUGCAGGCGCACACACAUGAAGCAGGGACAACAGCUGAGAAGGCUUCCCCCCCUGCUGUUAAUGGCGUGCGUGGGUGCAGCGCCAACAUCAUCAGCAUCAGCAGCAGGAGAAGGAGGCGGGGCCGAGAGGGGAAUCUCGUCCUGUCGGCACCAUAUUAGGGCACUUCCUGUCCGCCUGGCUACGUCAUGGAGUGGCGGGUGACCCGAGGUGGGCCUUACGGUUGCCAGCUCCCAUUGCCGCCCUUGAGGACCGACCCAGGAGGACCGACCCAGGAGGAGGACGACGACAUUUGGGAUUCCAACGUGAAGCUCUCGAAGAAGAUCCGCUUCGGUCCAAGGAUCCAGUAUGAAGACGCUGCUGAUGAAAGUCUUCUGCACCACGAUGCUGGUCCUGGUCCUGGUGGUGGUGCCCUGCGUGCGCCCGCAACCAGACUGUUCUCAGGCCCAGUCAUGUGACCUGUGUGUCGGGGACUCCAUGCUCAACCUGACCGGCUGCGUCUGGAGGCUUUGUCCUGAUGGUAACGACACCGGCACGUGCGUGUACGACGAGGGCAAUGUUGCGGACAGCGCCGGAAACUGCAGCUGGACCCGAGUGUCGGAGCUGUGUACAGUGGUGGAGAAGGUGGCUGAAGGAGGAGGUGACUCAGGCGAUGGCGGGAAGGCCGAGGCCACGCCGCGGCUCUCUCAGGCCAAGUUCAACAUGUCCAGCUUCAUCGGGGGCGUGGUGCUCGUGCUGUGUCUGCAGGCGGCCGGAGUCUUCGCCAUGCGCUUCCUCAAAUCCAAGGAGCAGAGCACCUACGACCCCAUAGAGCAGCCUCAGUGAAACGAAGGACGAGGAUGAAGGACGCCACACGGGAAUGACUCAUGGAAUUGUGACGACAAGCCACGGCCCUCUUCUGAUUGGUCUCCACCACCCCCUACCCCCCACUCCCAGGCCCCCAGUCUCCAAAUGCUACAUAGUGUAACGGGUGCAAGUGUUGGUGUUUUUAUUCCAGAUUUUUGCACUACUUUUCUGAUGUGAUGACUUGUGAGCAGUCUAGAGUCUUUUAUGGAUUGAUUUAUUAUAUUUGAUUAUGUGGAUUCAAUCACUUAAUGCUGUGAUUUGCGUGUGCUAACGCUGCACCAUUAUACCAUCAUAACAUUCAUAGAUUACAAUUAUUUGGAUUUGUGUUCACUCUGACCAAUCACAAUUAUACUCCACAUUUACAGUACUAUUCUUUGGAUUUUGGAAAAAUAUUUCACGUAAAAAUUUUAAUUGUUAUUCAUA